AUGAGCUCCGAUAUUGACUUUAAAAAUGUCGACCUCUACGAGCUGUUUGACGUACUUCAGGAGGCAACAGAGGCGGAGAUCAAGAAGGCCUAUCGCAAGAAGGCACUAAAGUACCACCCGGACAAAAAUCCAGACAACCCGAAAGCCAAGGAAGUCUUUCAGAAGCUGUCAAAGGCACUUGAAGUGCUGACAGAUAAAGAGGCGAGAUCGUCGUAUGAUAAGAUUCUUAGAGCGAAGAAGGAAAGAGAGCUCAAAUUCAGGCAACUUGACGCCAAACGGCGAAAGUUGAAAGAUUCACUUGAAGCCAGAGAGAAGGUUGCCCAAGAGGAAGCACUCCUAAAUGAAGAAGAAAAACUGAAGCGUGAUAUUGAGCGGAUCAGAAAAGAAGGAUCAAGGCAACUUGAAGAGGAAAACUUUCUUAUAAACUUGAAACUUGAAGAGCAGCGCAAGAGUGCUGCAGCAGCAGCAGCAGCGGAAGCGGCGGCUUCAUCAGCGAAGCCAAAUCAAGUAAAGAUUCGAAGAAAGACAAAGGUUGAACUGACUGAUUCACUGAUCAGAGAGCAGCUUGGCCGAUUCGGCACCAUUCUCUUCAUUCACAUCUCCAGUAAUGGCAAAUCGGCAAUAGUUGAAUUUGCGAGUGCACAAUCUCUGAAAGCUCUACAAGCAGGCUGUCCGAGCAACUUUGGUGUGGAAAUUCUGAGCAUCAACGAAUCAUCAACAACCAGCACUGAGACAGAGCCGGCACAAAACACUGACCCUAGUGUACCAAAAGACCACCAAGAUUACGAAGAUUUUGUCUUUGCGCAGAUGUUUGCAGCUGCAAAUAAAAGCAACACAAGUUGA